AAAAAAUGGAAGAAGUCGAACCAGUAUGCCACUUGCUUGUCCUUGCCGAGAAGAAGUUCUUGGUAAGCAAUGAUUUCCCUAAAACUAAUAAGACUGCCCUUGCUCAAGAAAUUUUGGAUCUUGUUAAACAAAAGGAAAUGGGACCAUAUUAUGAAAAUGUUCUCACUCAACAAUUACCAACAUAUUUCAAGUUGGAUCAAACAUUGCUCCAAUCUUUGAAGGAGGCUAACCAAAACAAACUCAAGGAAUUGGAAGAUAAAAUCUCUGAUGCUAAUCAAAAUCUUGGUGAAAAUGAAGUUAGAGAAGCUCUCCUUGCUAAAGCUCAAUAUUAUUACUCUAUCGGAGACAAGGAAAAUGCUCUCUCUGCUUUCAGAGAAACAGAAACAAAAACUGUUGCUUUAGGACAAAAAUUAGACAUUUUAUUCGCUUUGCUUCGUAUUGGAUUUGCUUUUGAUGAUAAGGAUAUUGUGAAAAGAAAUCUCGAAAGAGCAAAUAGUUUGAUUGUUGAAGGUGGUGACUGGGAAAGAAGAAAUAGAUUAAAGGUCUAUGAAGGAAUUCACUUGAUGACAAUUAGAAACUUCUCAAAGGCUGCUAAGCUUUUCUUGGAUUCAAUUUCUACUUUCUCUUCCAGUGAAAUUAUGACUUUUGAACAAUUCAUUUUCUAUACAAUUGUUGUGACUACCUUCUCACUUGGUAGACCAGAGAUGAAGAAGAAUAUUCUUGAAUCUUCUGAUGUAUUAUCAGUUAUUCACAAGUUGCCAAAUGCUGAACAAUUUGUUAGAUCAUUCUAUAACUGUCAAUAUAACUUGUUCUUGGUUUCAUUGGUUGAAUUGAUGGAUAACCAAUUAAUCAAGGAUCGUUAUUUGUCAAAGCAUGUUCGAUUCUAUUCAAGAGAAAUGAGAGUUCGUGCUUAUUCACAAUUCUUGCAAGCUUACAAGAGUGUAACUUUAGAUGCUAUGGCUGAACAAUUUGGAUUGAGUCCUGAUUUCUUGGAUAUGGAACUUUCCAGAUUUAUUUCAGCUGAUAAAUUGAACGCCAAGAUUGAUAAGGUUUCUGGUGUCAUUGAAUCAAGCCGAACAGACGAAAAGAAUACUUUGUAUAAUCAUACUCUUAAACAAGGUGAUCAUCUCUUGAACAGAAUUCAAAAAUUGUCAAAGGUCAUCGAUUUGUAAAAAUAAAAAACUGCACUGUACAAUUAAGCU